UGGUGAUCUUGAGGAGGAUUGUGCACUAACCGGAGGCGCGCAGGCUAACCAUGGGGGACUCGAUGUGGAGAUAUUAUUUCGGAGUUUUGUUUAUUGCCUUCAAAGUGGACUUGUGCCGGGCGAUCAUCCUGGAGUCCAUCUACUGGAACACAACAAACACCAAAUUCGUGCCAGGCCAAGGCGUGGUAUUGUACCCCCAGAUCGGGGAUAAGUUGGACAUUGUGUGCCCCCGCGUGGAUGGCGGGAUGAGCGAUAGCGUGGAGUAUUACAAGGUAUACAUGGUGCCUAGGGAGCAACUGGAGAGCUGCACCAUCACCAAGGCCGACACUCCACUGCUCAACUGCGUCAAACCCGACCAGGACGUCAAGUUCACCCUCAAGUUUCAGGAGUUCAGCCCUAAUCUAUGGGGCCUGGAGUUCUUCAGGGGGAGAGACUACUACAUCAUCUCUACAUCUAACGGCACCAUGGAGGGCAUCGACAACCAGGAGGGAGGAGUGUGCAAGACCAAGUCCAUGAAGAUAAUCAUGAAAGUGGGACAAAAUCCCUCUGACCCUAUUUCACCCAAAGACAACCCCACCAGAGUACCCUACUCGCCCAAGCACUCAGAUGGCAAGGAGACCUACAACCUAAACGACGUUCUGGAGAAACCAGGUGUAGCGCCCAGAGAAAGCAAUGACAAUGACAACAAUGGGAAGUCCUCCAGCGUCAUCGGCUCCGAGGUGGCCAUCUUCGUCGGCAUCGCCUCGGGCAGCGUCAUUUUCAUCAUCAUCAUCAUCAUGCUGGUCCUGCUGCUGCUCAAGUACCGCCGGCGGCACCGCAAGCACUCGCCGCAGCACGCGACCACGCUGUCUCUGAGCACGCUGGCCACGCCCAAACGGAGCGGAGGCGGUGGGAACAAUAAUGGCUCGGAGCCCAGCGACAUCAUCAUCCCGCUCAGGACUGCUGACAGCGUCUUCUGCCCGCACUACGAGAAGGUCAGCGGCGACUACGGCCACCCGGUCUACAUAGUUCAGGAGAUGCCGCCCCAGAGCCCGGCAAACAUCUAUUACAAGGUCUGAGGUGGAACAUUUAAGAAGCAAGAGACAAACUGGAACAAUCCCGGGCAGAGCGGGUUUUUAGUUUCGGUUGGCGCCAAAAGCACGCCUGCAAUCACUCUCGCUCUUUCUCUCUUUGUCGACUCCUCCUCCUCGUCUCUGAUGUUUUGUCACUACUUUUUUCUUUAUCAAAGCUUGGUUUGGUCCCAUUGGGUGCGGACGGGAUGGGUGGAGGGCCAGAGAGAAGGCUACAGCUGCUGCUCUCUGGGGCUCUUUGGAAGUGGACAGGACCAUCUCUUCCCCGAUGCGGCUCCCCUUUUUCUUUCUGAGGGAUCAGAGAGUAAGACAGAUGAACAGCGUGGUUGUUUUUCUUUGUCUGGGAUGGGAGCGAUAGACGAAUGUAUGAACAUGAAGGUUUACUGGCAUGAGAGGAGGGGAGGGAAUCUGUGGCUUCACCAUAAGAGAGACUACUGCUUGGAAAAAGAGAGGGGAGACAAAAACGAAAAAAAAACGAGUGAGGAGGAGAUGUAAAGGAGAAUAUGGGCUGACCAUGAACUCACAAAAUGGCUGCCCUCCCUUGAUGCUCACUAGCCUGAGAGACUCUGUGGAUUCACCAGUUGGAUGAGGAGAACGGAGAGAGAUUCUCUGCUCUCUGGGACUUUCCUGGCCGACUCACGGAGAUCACCAUUCACCCUGCCACCCACAUGCUCACCAUCACAUACACACACACUCACCCACGUGCACAGACACACUGUCUCACCGGUCAAUGUGAACUGUUUGGGUUUAAGUGUGGGUUUGCUCCAUUUCUCCCAGAUAUGCUUUCAGCAAAUCACUUCUUUCAGAUGUUACUUGAAGGUCUUGAGGAAGAAAAAUUGUUUUUUUUAUACUGUCAACAUUUAUUGAUCUUGUUUCUCGAUCUUUUGUUUUCUGGUUUUCAUAUCCUGGUGUAGUUAAAAAUGCUGAUAGAGGUUUUCUUUUAAUUUAGUGACAAGUGAAAUCGUAUGUGACGUUCAAACACAAGUUAUCGUACAGUGGCUAGGAGUGGCGAGGGCUAGAGCGAGGAUUUUAUUUGAAUUCACUCACUCUUGCCAGGGAAAAGGGUGUGUGUCAGGUCUGCCCAGGUGGCUCCUGGGAAGAGUGGAGGACUUUCAUAUACAUAGAGCAGCACUUUUAACCCCUUUUUGGUCCCUCCACUCUUCGCAGCAGUCAGGGAGAGACACAGUGAUCGCUAGAGAUGGGAGAGCAACGGUAUCCCAUCAGAUUUGGUAGUGAGGGCUCGCCUCAUCUUCUCUUCAACCUGGGCUUUUCACACCGGAAAGUGUUAGGGGCAAUAAGAUAUCCAAUUCGCCUUACUGCCAUUUUUCGCAUCAGGUGAAGAAGAGGCCCGAGAUCUAGUUGAGGUUAGCGUAGCUGACUGAGACAGCUCUAGGUACUGUAAUGUUUACCCCCGGGGGUCCAGUGAUGAUUAAGGGUGCCCCGGGGCCCAGAAUCAGCGUGGCCGGUGCUCUCCUAUUCUUGUUUAUGAAAAAAAGCACAGGGACAUCUUCUUUCAUUGUCACUGUUUCUCAAUCUCCAUUAGCAUUUCCAUAUUGUGAGUAUUUGAUUUACUUCUCUCUUUUUUUUUUACAUAAUAGAUGUACAUUGAAAAAAAGGACAUUAACAAGAUAAAAAAAAUGAAAUAAAAAGCAGAAUUUAUUUAUGAUAAACACAUAGAGCACAGGUGUUGUCAGGCCGUAUGGAGAGGAAGAAGAAGACAAAGAAGUAAUAUUAAUAUAUUAUGGUAGAAGUGCACAUUAUGCAAUCUAGGUUUCUGAUUAUUUCAUAUCUCCCAUAUUUUCAUGAGCUCUCGUCCACAGACAAAGGGCCUGGGAACGAGGACCAGGGGAGGGCAGCCUGGGCCCGGCCCCCGAGGGGGAGUGGACUUAUCUGUCCCAGAAUAGCUCACAUUGGUGUACACAGGGGCAGAGUAGCUGUGUCUCCCACACUCACUCAGUGUAGCAUCUCCCAAAGGAUCAUUCUCAUGAACACCCAGUGCCCCCGACUCUCCUCAUACACACCUUUCAUGUUCUCUUGUGCAUGUGUGUACGUGUGUGUGUGCGCGUGUUGAGCAAGUCCAUAUUUCAGUGACUUCACAUCCGUUAAUAUCUUUGACUUAGGAUCAUAAUCAUGACUUAAGCUGUCCCCAGAGCAUGUAUCAGCCCAUUAUCAUCAUUUGUUCAUAAAGAACAUCAAAAUUUCACCGUAAAGCCAAGCCUUGUAUGAUCUGAGGUUUGUGCCUCUAAGAGGCUACAAAAUCUGCAAAUAUGCAAUUCUUAUUUAUUUUUUUAAUCGAUUCUGAGAAAAAAAAAACACCUAUGGAAAGUGUUCUUAACCACUGAAAGAUGUAACAACAAACAAAUGACACAAAACUAGCAAAGUACGUCACACAAGCCUGCUGUUCGUUUUUCUUUCCUGUAUUAUUUGUAGUAUUAUUUUAACCUUUUCUGUUUUAACUAUGUGCCGUAGUUCAAAGGUAGACUGUGAAAAAUUAAACCAUAAAAAAGCAUAUAUAUCACACCUGAACAGGUAUUUAAGAAAAGAUGAAAAGAAGACACACACACACACACACACACACACACAUACAACAAAGAUAUGGCUGUUUAGUUGCUCUGUCUGCGGCAGAAUAUGACAAUCUUAUUAGUUUAUUUGAAUCUGACGUCCUUUUCUUAGCUACCAGUCGACUAACGCUCUCCCAACAUUGACCAGGUUUGAUUUAACCUAUCAUGAAAUGUUGUAGCGAUGCUGUGAGAGUCUUAGCCCAAAGGCUAGGAGAAGCACCUCAGGCUACUGUAAAAUGCCUUGCUCGUAUGGUCAGCCCUUGGUCACUUGACUCAGUAAUUUUGCACCGUAUUUCUGUAGGUAAAAAACUGUAAAUACAUUAAUGUUUGUAUUGUAUAUGGAUCCUGGGUUGUUACAAUAGCCUUAUUCACCUUUUUAGGAAAGUCAAUGGAGAAAAAAAGUACAGAAAAAUGGAAUACACUUCAGUAAAACAGAGCAUACUACUUUUUUGGUAAAUAGCUUAUGUAAAUAUUGACCAGAACCCAAUAAAAACAUUUUUUUAUGAACUCCUAAAGUAAGAUGUUUUGUAUAAAAUUUGAAUUUUUUGCUAUGUAUUUUAGCUAGCGCUCAAUGGAAAGCCCAUGUUCUCCCCACUCCCUCCCCUUUUGCACUGUUUCCAUGGUAAUUUGGUUUUUAAAAAAAUGAGAGAAGAGUUGCCAAACCGACUGCUGCAUAUUUGUGCCAUAAGUGUGUACCAUAAAUAUUUAUUGAAUUAGUUUCUUUUUCUUUCUUUUUUGUUCCGUUUAUGAUUUAACUUCAGUCUAGUUUGUAAGUAACACAGUAUUAUAUUUGCAUUAUUUGUUUUCUACCCCUGGUUUUCUUUAGUCAUGUCAUGGUUACCGUGUGGCUGUAGCCCUGUUCUCCCUUUCCUUGCAGUGUGAGAUGGCCAGGCUGUGAAAAUAUGGUUUUAACAUUCAACGAUUUAAAACACGUUCAAAGUGAGGAUAAAUGACACACAUUCCACCAGUCUGUUACAAACUGAAAAUGUUUUUCAA